AUGUACAGAUGUAUUAAUAUUCCACCCGACGACGCGCAGUACCAGCGUAUUCUAUGGAAUCCGGACACAAGUGAUUAUGUGGAAGAAUAUGCCUGCACAACGGUGAUGUUUGGAACGAGCUCCGCACCUUAUUUAGCCAUGAGAGUUAUGAAACAAUUAGCUAUGGAUGAAUGCGAGAAGUAUCCACUGGCGGUGGAUGUUAUAAAUCAUCAAAUGUAUGUAGAUGACAUACUGUCUGGUGGCGAUAGUAUUGCAGAAACGGAGGAUGUCAAGAACCAAGUGCUUGGAAUGCUUCGUAGUGGUACAUUCGAACUACGGAAGUGGGCGAGUAAUUGCACAAAGCUAUUAGAGAACAUACCUGUUGAGCAUCGAGAAUCAAGCGGAUUGUUACACAUGGAAGGUCAGAAAAUGGGAAUGUUACCAGCAGUACGGGUACGCCCUUCUAGAGCAUUCUCAUCCGUUGGAGUGGACUACGCUGGACCCGUAAAUAUUUCGCCCUGCAAAGGAAGAGGACGUGUAUCCCAGAAGGGAUAUAUUGCUGUGUUCGUAUGCCUAGUGACAAAGGCCAUUCAUUUGGAACCAGUUGGAGAUCUGACCUCAGAUGCGUUUAUAGGAGCAUUUAACCGUUUCAUUGGCAGACGUGGCCUAUGCACAGACGUUUAUAGUGACUGCGGUACUAAUUUUAUUGGAGCCAACAAAAAAUUGCAAGUGGACAAACUGGCAUAUUGUUCGUACAUUACGAAACAUAUUGCGCCAACAUUAUUGAGAAAAGGAAUCAACUGGCAUUUCAACCCACCAUCAGCGCCUCACUUUGGUGGAUUGUGGGAGGCUGGAGUGAAGUCCAUGAAGUAUCAUCUGAAGAGAACUCUCGGAGAACAAGUUUUAACAUUCGAGGAAAUGGCAACUGUGUUGGCACAGAUUGAGUCUUGCUUAAAUUCAAGACCGUUAUGUCCCCUAUCAAAUGAUCCUGACGAUUUAAUGGUAUUAACACCCGGUCACUUUCUGAUGGGUGAAGCGCCUUUAGCACCUCCUGCUCCGGAAUUGGCUAAAGUUACUCUGAUUGAUCUAUGGAAGAAUUGUCAAUAUUAUGCACAACAGUUUUGGAGAAGAUGGAACUCGGAAUAUUUAUCACGAUUUCAAAGGAGACCAAAAUGGCUUCAGACCAAGGAAAAUCUAACAGUUGGAUGCAUAGUGCUUAUCAGGGACGAGCGUUUCCCUUCUCAUCAAUGGCCUCUAGGUCGGGUUAUGGAGACACAUGCAGGACCCGAUGGACUAGUGAGAGUGGUGACUUUGAAGACAGUCAAAGGACUCAUGAAACGACCGGUAGCCAAACUCUGUCCAUUGCCUAUUCAGGAGAAUUGGAUAGAGAAUGACACCAUUCCUACACCUAAGCGUUAA